CUUGAAUGAGCUUCGCAUUGAUAAUUUUUACGGAUUUAUAAUGAAAUUAUUUUUAAUAAUAUUUACAAUUGGAUUAUUUGGUGUUAUUACAGCUGAAAUUAAUCCACGUAUUGUUGGAGGACGUGAAGCAAAACCACAUGAAUUUCCAUUUUUAGUAUCAAUAACAUUAACAGAAACAAAUAAAAGUAAUUGUGGUGGAACAAUAUUAUCUGAUAAAUGGAUUUUAACAGCUGGUCAUUGUAUUUUUAAUAAAGAUUUAGAUGAAAUAAUUAUUAGAGCUGGAAAACAUGAUUUAACAAAAAUUGAAGAAGGAGAACAAAUACGUAAACCAGCAAAAUUUAUUGUACAUGGAGAUUUUUCACCAUGGGCUAUUGGACCAAACGAUAUUGGUUUAAUUGUAUUAGCAGAACCAUUAAAUUUUACAAAUACUGUUAAACCAAUUGAUGCUAUACCAAAAAGAAAUGAAACAUUUUCUGGUCCGGCAAUUGUUAGUGGUUGGGGUUCAACUUCUUUAACAUUAGAUCCAGAAUUUCCAGAAAAAUUACAAACAGCAACAGUACCAAUUCUACCACAUAAUAUAUGUGCAGAUGCAUUAACAGCUGUCGAUUAUACAGAAAAACAUUUAUGUACUGGACCAUUGGGUGGUAAAAUUGGUCAUUGUGGUGGUGAUUCGGGUGGUCCAUUAGUUAUUAAAGAUAAUAAUGGUAAAUUUAUGGUAAUUGGAAUUUCAUCAUUUAGUUAUACUCCAUGUGGAACAGAGAAUAUACCACCAGCAUUUACAAGAUUAUCAUCAUUCAUAAAUUGGAUGGACAGUAAAAUUGUUUAUUAAUUUUAAGUAUAA